CGCUGUCACAUGACCGCUCCGUCUGUGAACCAGGAAGGGAGAGGGCGGUGCUUGCUGUGCAAAGGGCUGGUGGGCUGAUAAAACAAGCAUCCACCAUGACAGCCAUCAAGCAUGCUCUCCAGAGGGACAUCUUCACACCCAACGAUGAGCGUCUCCUGGGCAUUGUUAAUGUCUGCAAGGCAGGGAAGAAAAAGAAGAACUGCUUCCUGUGUGCCACAGUUACGACAGAGAGGCCCGUCCAGGUUAAAGUGGUUAAGGUGAAAAAAUCUGACAAGGGGGACUUUUACAAACGACAGCAGACAUGGGAGCUCCGAGAUCUGACAGAAGUAGAUGCCAAAGAUGCAAGCAAGGAAAACCCUGAAUUUGACCUUCACUUUGAGAAGGUGUACCGGUGGGUAGCCAGCAGCACAGCUGAGAAAAACUCCUUCAUCUCCUGCAUUUGGAAGCUAAACCAGCGAUACCUGAGGAAGAAGUUGGAGUUUGUGAAUGUCAGUUCUCAGCUGCUGGAAGAGUCUGUGCCAAGUGGGGAGAGUCAGAGUGUUGCCGGGGGUGAUGAGGAUGCCCUGGACGACUACCAGGAGCUGAGCACACGUGAAGAGCAGGACAUCGAGAGCAUGAUGGAGAUGUGCGAGUACGCCAUCUCCAACGCUGAGGCCUUUGCGGAGCAGCUCUCCAGGGAGCUGCAGGUUCUAGAUGGGGCCAACAUCCAGUCCAUCAUGGCAUCAGAGAAGCAGGUCAAUAUCCUGAUGCAGCUGCUGGACGAGGCGCUGGGUGAGGUGGACACCAUCGAGGGAAAGCUGAGCAGCUAUGAGGAGAUGCUCCAGAGCGUCAAGGAGCAGAUGGACCAGAUCUCACAGAGCAACCGCCUUAUCCAGAUCAGCAACACCAACAAUGUCAAACUGCUGGAUGAGAUCCAGUUCUUAGUGAACUACAUGGACCUGUCAAAGGGACACAUCAGAGCCUUGCAGGAAGGAGACCUGACCUCCCCUAAAGGAAUUGAGGCCUGCAUCAAUGCAUCUGAAGCUCUUCUGCAGUGCAUGAACGUGGCCCUCCGACCAGGCCACGACAAGCUGAUGGCUGUGAUACAGCAACAGCUCCUGUUUGCUGAGCUGAGAGACACCUUCGCUCGCCGCCUCACCAAUCACCUCAACAAUGUGUUUGUUCACCAGUUCAACCACUUCAGUCACUUCAAAAUGACCAUCCCUCAGUUCUAUAGGUCCUCCUGUCUGUCGCUUCCAGGCCAUGACCAGAGCUCCACCCUGUCGCAGCACACAGCUGAGCUGAGUCUGCCCAAACACAGCCCCCUCCACAGGGACCUGCUGCGUUAUGCCAAGCUCAUGGAGUGGCUGAAGAACACCCACAGGGAGAAGUACGAGGGCCUGUCAAGGACCUACGUUGACUACAUGAGCAGAUUAUAUGAACGAGAAAUCAAAGACUUCUUUGAGGUGGCCAAGAUAAAGAUGGCGGGUACAACCAAGGAGGCCAAGGGCAAGUUUGCCACGCUUCCGCGGAAAGAGAGUGCACUCAAACAGGAAACAGAAAGCCUUCAUGGCAGCUCCGGGAAGCUGACAGGCUCUACCUCAAGCCUGAACAAGCUGACCGUGCAGGGCUCCAACAGCCGGCGUUCCCAGUCUUCCUCGCUGCUAGACAUGGGCAACAUGUCCGCCUCCGACCUGGACGUGGCUGACAGGACCAAGUUUGACAAGAUAUUUGAGCAGGUCCUCAGUGAGCUGGAGCCUCUGUGUCUCGCAGAACAAGACUUCAUCAGCAAGUUCUUCAAGCUGCAGCAGCACCCGACAGUCACACCGCCUCUCGCUCAGCCCGAAACAGAGGAAGCAGAUGGAGGCCCGCUGUCAAGAAUGCCUCCCCAGGCUGAACACAGACACUCUUUGUCAUCAGAGAAAGACCUGGUGCGGCUGAUGAUGAAUAAAAUCUUCCAGAGCAUCGAGUUGGAGCUCAACAGUCUCAUCGCCCUGGGUGACAAGAUUGACAGCUUUAACUCUCUCUACAUGCUGGUGAAGAUGAGUCACCAUGUGUGGACAGCUGAAAACGUCGACCCGGCCUCUUACCUCAGUACUACUUUGGGAAAUGUGUUGGUCACUGUCAAGAGGAAUUUUGACAAAUGCAUUUCUGGUCAGAUCAGACAGAUGGAGGAAGUGAAGAUUUCUAAGAAGAGCAAAGUUGGUAUCCUGCAGUUUGUCACUGGGUUUGAGGAGUUUGCUGAGCUGGCGGAAACCAUCUUCCGUAAUGCGGAGCGUAGAGGGGACCUGGACAAAGCUUACGUCAAACUUAUCAGGGCUGUCUUUAUGAAUGUGGAGAAGGUUGCCAGUGAGAGCCAGAAGACACCUCGGGAUGUUGUGAUGAUGGAGAAUUUCCACCACAUCUUUUCCACACUUUCACGUCUGAAGAUCUCGUGUCUGGACGCAGAGAGGCGAGAGGCCAAGCACAAAUACACAGACCAUCUGCAGUCCUACGUCAUCAACUCUCUGGGCCAGCCUCUUGAAAAACUCAACCAUUUCUUUGAGGGAGUCGAGGCCCGUGUGGCUCAGGGUGUACGUGAGGAGGAGGUGAGCUACCAGCUGGCCUUUAACAAACAAGAGCUGCGAAAAGUUAUCAAAGAGUAUCCUGGCAAAGAGGUGAAAAAGGGACUUGAUAACCUUUACAAGAAGGUGGACAAACAUCUGUGUGAAGAGGAGAGUCUGCUACAGGUGGUGUGGCACUCCAUGCAAGACGAGUUCAUCCGUCAGUACAAGCACUUUGAGGACCUGAUCGGCCGAUGCUAUCCUGGGUCUGGGAUCACCAUGGAGUUCACCAUCCAGGACAUGUUGGAGUACUUCUCCAGCAUCGCUCAGUCUCAUUAGUCUCGCUGCUAUGCACUUUCACAACUGCCUCACACUGGCUGAUGAUACACUAGCUACUCACUAACUACCCUGUACUGUUAUUUGGACAAUGAACAUUUCCUCUGUGUGUGUCGAUGUGUAUUAAUGAAAGGGAUUUGUACAUUGAGCAGUGAUGCAAAUAUCUCUGCACUGUGUGCGCGCUUGUUUCUUUGAGAUUCAUCAACUCUGCUCCAAGUAUGGUUGUUAUAUUUUUAUUUCUUUAUGUCAUAUGUAAAUAAUAAAUCUGAAGCUGCCGACCCACGCAA